AGUUGUAGCUAGCUUGAUUCCGGUCAAAGUUCGCCGCCCAGUCCGACAAAAAAUCAUAAAACUAACAGAAAAAUCACGAUUAUAAAGCCUGUCAGUGACGCUGAGGUGUCUGCGGCAGCUGUGGAGAAGUUACACAUGUGGCUAAGAUACUUUAAACACAUCUAAGUCUAACCUUAUUUAACCUUAGAGCCGACUGGAGUUCGAAGCUAACGUUGGCUAAUUAGCUUUGUUAUGAUCCCUGAGUAGCUAACAGGAUUAGCUCUUUGGGCUAAAGGUGGUGAAAUGAGCACCUGGUCGAGCCGCUCCGUGGAGCUGUAAAGGAUGCUCCAGGGGCCAUAUGGCAGCCUGGACCGGGACCGGCCCCUCAUCCGGCUCCCCUUCACCAGCUUCGCCGUGGGGACGGUCCUGCUGCCUCUGACCGGCCUCAUCGCCUGCCUCUUCCUUUCAAUCAUGUACCACUUUGAAGACGCAACGUUCACACACUGUCGUGUAUCAAACUACCUCCCAUCCAUCAGCGCCGCCAUCAGCCGCGUGCCGGAGCGCUACAUCUGGCGCUGCUGCAUCGGCCUGCAUUCGGCGCCGCGCUACAUGGUGGCCGUCGCCUACUUCAGCUUCUACCGCGCCCGCUUCCCCCAGCGGCUGCCGGAGCUGCUGCUGAGCGGGCUGGCGCUCCUCUGCAGCCUCUCCGAAAACACCGGCCUGCUGCUGCUCACAUACGUGGCGUCCACUGAAACCUACAGUGUUCAUAAAAACGGUUUCAUCGUGUUCAUAGGAAGCUCGCUGCUGCACAUGCUCAUUACAUGCAGACUUUGGUACGUGAUCAAGAGAAACUACGGGAGCCCAGAGGAAAUGACAUCAUAUCGAUGGAAGGUGCGUCUCUUCCUGUUUAACGUCAGCUGUUGUCUGGCCGCCGCGUACUUCUUCAGGCGCCACAACAAGUUCUGUGAAACCGGAGUCUACACGCUGUUCGCCCUCUUCGAGUACCUGGUGGUCCUCUCCAACAUGGCCUUCCACAUGACGGCCUUCUGGGACUUCGGGAGCAAAGAGGUGAUCGUGGCCACGCCGCCGGAGGACAAGCGAUACUGAGCAGCGGCCUCGCCCGUUUGGACUUUUUGUUUUAAAGGAAUCCACCAAUGACGCACCAGGAAGCCGGUCUGAACUUUGUGUGAUGUGUGAACACGCCGUGCGGCCUCAUGAACAUUAUGCGACACUGAUGCCUUUUGUCAGCAGGUGAGAUUUAACUUCCUGUCAUUCCAACAACACCUGUGUUCUUCUACCUGCUCAGGAAGCAGCUUCACCGUCUUGGGACCGAUUCACUAAUGGUUUUUAAACGCCGCUUCAGCAGCGACGGCACAACAGUUUCUACCCAAACUCACUGAGAACAUAUUUGUCAACAUAAAAUAAAGAAAGUACCUUUUUAAAAACGUCA